CGUGUGUGGUGAGUGAGGAGCUUGUGUGGGUGUUUGCCUGCUGAAUCACGACGCAUCAUCUCGUGGCUGCCUUCCCUGCCUUGCUCUGUGCAGCCUUGUGCCGACCUCCAACCAGCGCUGGCCACACCAUCACCACCACGGCUUGCCUUGCCUUGCCUCACCUCACUCUCAUCUUCUUGCCACGUACCACACCCCCUUUGCAGGCGCGUGACCUUCUCCUUUUUGUGUGUGUGCGCGCGUGUGUUGUUUUGUGACCUCCCCUCCAAUACUACAGCAACGAACAGGAGAAGAUGAUGAUGACCGGGCCUCGGAUGUGGGGCGCGGCAGCCCUGUUGCUGGUUGCAGCGUUUGCAACCAUGACCAUUGACUCAGCGGCUGCGCAGCAAGACAGCUUCUCAUGCGCUCCGCGCAACUACAGCGACCCGUGCUUGUCCGUCCCCACCCUCACCAACGGCGACUUUCAGCGCUUCCACGCCGGCAUCCUCACCGCCGUGUUCCUCAUCCUGGGCGCCCUCUUCACCUACCGCCUCAUCUACAACUUCCGCGUCGUGCCCUGGCGCCAGUCGUCCGUCUUCUUCACCUGUGUCCUCGCCUGCAUCUUCCACGUGGUGUGGCUCAGCAAGGACGCCAAGAACAUCCAGCACCCGCUUCUCGGCCUCCCCUACGAGGGCCUCGCCGACCUCACCUUCACCAUUGUCAUCUGCUGCCUCUUUGGCUACAUGAUGAAGCUCGACGACGAGAUUCGCCAGAACCGCGUGCACUGGCGCAUCGUCGUGCAGUGGAUCUUCCUCGUGACCGCCGCCAUCCUCCAGGUCAUCAAGAUCUACACUGCCCGCCAGGACCAGCCUCGCAGCAACGUCUGGAUUAGCUUCAUCUCCUCCCUCCUCCUCUCCCUCACCACCGCAGACCGCUGCCUCCUCCUCAUGAAGCUCCUGCCCCCAACCCAGCGCAGCACCCACACCUGGUUCCGUAAGGUCAACUUUCUCACCUUCUUCAUCUCCGUCUGCCUCUUCAUGAACUCGGCCAUCAUCUUUGCCCACGCCAUCGACGAGGAGAUCAAGGUGGCGUCACGGGACCGCAGCCACACGUACGCGUGCUUCUACGUGUUUGAGUUCCUCUCCGUGCGCACGGUUGCGCUUGUGGUUGCCCCACUGAUGGUGAUCCUGACUGGUCUCUGGGACGAUCCCCGCACCAUCCUCGCCGUCAAGCGCCUGGAGAGCCGCAAGUCCCAAUCCAUCACCUCCCGCGUCGACGCCUUUAUCAACCGCUACUGGCGCACCAUGGCCUUUAUCCUCGUCAUCUCCCUCAUCACGCUUGGCCUCGCCGGCUGGGGUGGCUCUGCCACGUGCUACGCCCCCCACGCCCAGGUUGUCCGCAUCAGCCUGUUUAUGGCCCGUGUCGGCGCCACGCCCUUCUACAUCCUCUUCCCGGCCGUCUUUGUCAUGGUGCUCAACGGCUUCAACACCAGCCUGGAGAGCAGCAUGCUCGGCAGCUUCCUGCCCCGCGCAAACGGCUCCCUUGUCAUCUACCACAAGUACGUCGGCUGGCUCUGCGUCAUUACAAUGCUCUUCCACAUUGGCGGCCACAUUGGCACCCUCUUUGCCUACCACCGCUUCAUCUCCGACCUCGCCACAAACCCGACCAAGCAGGCCAUUGUCGACCAGAUCAGCAAAGACCGUCCUGCCGUCCUCGAAUACUUCUCCGACAUUUAUCACUUCCGCGGCGGCCCGUGGAUGCUGCCCUGGUUCACGGGCGUCUUCAUGACCGCCUGCAUGAUCGCCGUCGUCGCCGUCUAUUACGUCCUCGCCAAGCGCAAGCACAAGCGCUUCAAGAAGUGGCACGUGUGGGCCGCCUACUCCAUGCUCGCCGUUGGCUCCAUCCACGGCGCCGGCCGUGUCCUCGGUGACCCGUACCUCUGGGUUGUCUUCCUCGUCGUCGCCGGCAUCUCCAUUCUCGACUUUUUGUGGUGCCGCCGCCGCAGCGAGAAGGUGCGCUGCGAGAUGUGGGAGCUCACCACCCCUGGCGCCCGCGGCCGCGUCGAGGUUGUCCUCAUCCUGCGCUUCCGCUGCAAGAAGAUCAAGUUCUUCCCGGGCGACUAUCUCCUGCUGCGCGUGCCCCAGAUCUCCGUCAGCGACCAGCAUCCCUUCACCAUUGUCACCAACGUGCCCGAGGACGAAUACGAGCUGCACAUCAAGGUGUCCGACCUCAAGGUCAACGCCUGGACCCGCGCCCUCACCGCCAUGCUCGACUUCAAGUACGGCCGCAUCAUGGCCGGCCACUCGUACCAGGCCAACCGCUCUGCCUCGGAGGAAGCUGAGCAGCAGGAGUCGUCCCUGGAGCAGCGCCUCCUCAGCAACCAGGAGGGCGGCAUGUCUGGCCUCCUCGACGACGUCAAGUGCAACGUCGACGCCGUCGUCAUUGGCGGCUUCAAGUCCAGCCUUGCCGAUAGCGACUUUAUCAACGGCGACUUUGUGCUCAUGGUUGGCUUCUCCGUGGGUGCCACCCCCAUGUGCGCCUACCUCAACCGCCUGCCCGAGUCGCGCUUUGAGGAGCUGCGCGACAACAUCUGGUUCUUCCACCGCAGCGAGUUUUACAACAAGCCCGAUGGCCAGACCGUCUUUGGCGCCUACGGCGGUUACAUCCGCGAGGUUUGCCAGGAGACCGAGAAGAGGAUUGGCCGCGACCCCAACGGCCCGGCAGGUCCCAUCCUGCAGGCGGAGGCUGGCGAGCGCCGCGACGUGUUCUGGAACCGCCUGCACAGCCGCGUUGCAGAGUGUCUGCAGAAGCUUCCCCAGGGCGGCCGCGUGCACAUUGGCUACUGCGGCUCCCUGCGCGGUCUCGACUCGCUGUACGACGCCCUGGAUAAGGGCCAGCUUGCAGCCAACCGCGCCGUUAAGUUCUACAUUGAGAGCUUCGGUUAAGAGACUUUUUUCCUCUCACUACCCCCUUCCCUUUCUCUUUUCUUUACACAUUGUCGUCGGUUUUAAUGCCCGCCUCCUCCCCCCCCCCCCUACCCAACCCACCAUUGGCGUUGUCGUCG